GUCGAAAUGGUUAAUAGUGUAUGCCGGUGCAAACUAACCGCAAUCACCUAAGCGCCUGUGGCGAACGCGCGCGUUUCCACUCGUGCGCAUGGUCGCGCCGUAUCGAUUUACACUGAAUGAAUUAAUCGAAUAAGGUAUACGUGUUUAAUUAAGACGAUUGUGAGUGAUGUACCACAGGUUGUGAUAACGUUCUUAAUUUAAAUAAGGAUAUUUACAAUGACUGCCGACGUGAAACACUUGGAAAAUAAUAAACCAUUAGAAAAGCAAAUGAACGGCAAUGACUUAAAUAAAAUAAAUUUAAUAAAAAAUAACAUAGGAAAAGAGAAAACUGAAAAAAUGAAGGAGAAGGAAAAACAUGAAAACUGGAAAGAGAUGAACAUAUUCCAAAAAACGCGGCGAAUGAUGUCUUUGAUAACCGUGGAGCCAAUACUGGCAUGCUACGUGAUGCCUUCCGUCCUGUCAGCUUUAGCGACACAAAACCUAUAUUUAGAGAAAGCUUGUCGCGUAAAUUUGGGAUUUGAUCAUCACGUGUGCGAUGCUUUGACGAGAAGGGAAACAACUAAUUAUACUUAUGAGGAAGAAGCUGUACAGACAUUAGUUGCUUCAGUUACCGGUUGGAAAACGGUAUUACAAUCUUUCUUGCCGUGUGGAAUAUUAAUAUUUCUGGGAGCUUACAGCGACAGGAUUGGUCAAAGAAAAUUCUGCAUGCUUUUGCCAAUCAUCGGAGAAUUUCUCACUAGCAUUGGUUUAAUUGCUAACACGUAUUAUUUCCAUGAGUUACCUGUUGAAGUUGCUGCUGUCACUGAAGCUAUAUUUCCUGCUUUAACCGGAGGCUGGUUUACUAUGUUCAUGGGGGUGUUCAGUUAUAUCGCUGAUGUUACAACGGAGGAACAAAGAACGUUGAGGAUCGGUGUUGUGAAUCUGUUCUAUUCAGUAGGUGUGCCUGUUGGUGCGGCUUUAAGUGGAAUAUUAGUGAGAAAGAUAGGUUUAUAUGGUGUGUUCUCUAUAAGUGCAUCUCUGUAUAUAUUGAGUUUCUUCUACGGAUUCUACAGGAUAAAGGAGGUGAAACGACCAGAACUGAGCACAUUUGACGGUACGACAUCCACCGAGAGCGUCUGGAUGCGUUUCUGUGGAAUUAUCAAGUUGGAACCAAAGAAGGAGAAAUCAAUUCAGGAAGAAAAAGAGAGAGAGAUAACGGCAGAGAAUAAAGAAGGGAAGAAAAAAUCACCAAGAAAUUGCUGCGAAUGGCUCCGUAUGUUCUUUGACCUUCGUUACGUGAAGGAGACUAUGAUGGUCGCAUUUAAGCCUGGUCCAAACAACAGGAGGCUCCGUGUCAUAAUGCUCGUGGUGGUGCUGUGUGUUGUCAUCGGACCUAUAUACGGCGAGAUGUCGGUGAUGUAUUUGUUCACCAGGUAUCGUUUCAACUGGAACGAGGUCGACUUCAGUAUGUUUUCUACGUACAGCAUGUGUACAUCAUUAGUAGGGACAUUGUUCUCCGUUGGAGUAUUUAGUCAUCUCCUAAAAUACGAUGACGCUAUAAUCGGUGUUAUUUCGUGCACAAGCAAAAUACUAUCUGGAUUUAUGUACGCGUUUUCUACAAAAACUUGGCAAAUAUACAUAGCUCCAUUGAUUGAGAUAUUCAACGGAACAUCUUUCAUUGCAAUGAGGUCUAUGGUAUCUAAAUUGGUGGAUAAAGAUGAAUUAGGUAAAGUGAAUUCGUUCUAUGGAGUAGCAGAAGCUAUGAUGCCAUUAGUUUAUGCUCCAAUGUAUACUACCGUAUACACUGCCACGAUAAAAACAUUCCCUGGAGCAUUCUUCUUACUUGGAGGAGGCUUAACUGUUCCAGCAGUGGUUAUAUUCCUAUGGUUAUACCUAGCAAAUAAAAAGCAUAUUCAAGCCAACAAAGACAAAGAAGUUGAAAAUAAAACAGACAAAAUUGGUAUUGACAACAAGGCUUAUGAAACAGAUGAAAAGAAAUCUGCAGAACAACACGUGAAUAAAGAAAACGACACUCGAGACCAUUCCAGUAUUGAUGAUGUUAACCAAUCCCAAAUAGAAAUGGGAUUCACUGAAAGUAUGAUUUGUACUAGUAAAUUGCAAUAGGGAAUAGUUUAAGUAACUUAUCCUGAUUAUUUUGUUAAAUGAUAAGAGUAUUAAAAAAUUGUAGUAAAUUCACUUCAAAUAUUAUAAAACUGACGAAUUUAAUGUUUGCUAAACAUGAGUGUAUAUUUUUUAUAUAUAUAUUUCUUAUAGGACAAUAAAGAUUGACAAGCUGUUUAGUUUUGUUUCUCCGAAAAUAUUGAUUUUCCUUUAAAGGUAAUGUGGUGAUUUUUUAUACGGAACUUAGUCUGUAUUUUUGUUCUCGUCUCGAUAUCUCAAGCUUUAGUAAUAUUGUGACAUCGGAAUUUGUGUUUUUCUGCCUUUCUUUAUUUAUAGUUUUAAUUUGUAUACGCGAUAAUGUUAUCAUUUUUAUUUUCUUAAAUAUAUAUGUUUAGAAUGUAUACUGUUAUGAAUAAAACUAAAAUAAUAAGUUCUUCAUUCUAAGAUUCAGAGACGGUUAUAUGAAAUAGCGUUGCGGUAUUAUACUAUUCUUAUGUUAAUUUAUGUAUGUUUUUUCAAUAAUUUUAUAAUUAUAAAGUGGCUUUUAAGAGAAUAUGAUUUAAAACUGUGAUAUUUGUUUCUCUUCAUUGAUAUAUUUAAAAUGUUCCUGUUGUACGAAUUAUAUAGUUGAUUGAAUAUUAAAUGAAAACAAAAUGGGAUAGAAUGGAAGUGCUGAUAAAUGACAGAUUAUAUUUAGUACUUAAGAUUAAUUUCAGCAGGGAGAGUUUUCUAGAUUUAUUGUUUUUGAAUGUACUUA